UUUCCGCUGACUUUUGAAGAUGUGGCCAUUUAUUUCUCUGAGCAAGAGUGGCAGUAUUUAGAAGCAUGGCAGAAGGAACUUUACAAGCAUGUCAUGAGAACCAAUUAUGAGACUCUUGUCUCUCUAGAUAAUGGACUUCCAAAACCAGAACUGAUAUCCUGGAUUGAACUUGGGAGAGAGCUCUUCGGCAUCUGGGGAGAAGAGCAGAAACUAGAGAAAGGGCUUUGCUCCUCUAUAGAUGGUGUGCACUUUCAUCUAGUCAUUGAGGAACGGUUAUUUGAGAGUAGCCAGCAAGCUGUGAAAUCAAGAGAAACCACAUGCCACCCCCAGUUAAACCCUCCUGAGAGUCAGCAUUCCUUUGGACUUAUUUUAGGAGAAAAGGAAGAAGUUUCCUUCAGGCAUGACCAAGGCGUUGAUCUUGUAAAUGCACAGACACGCAGCCUUGGGGCUCUAGUUUCAACCAUGCACAGUUCCAAUGCGGCUGCCCAAAGAGAAGGACUCAUGAGUCAUAGAACUCCGGAUCUCCCUGGCUUACAAAAAGUCCCCUCUUGGCAGAGUACCCAACACUCCUGUCCUGUCUGUGGGGAAAACUCUUGGGAGAAGAAUCACGUAGUGAAGCACCAAAAGGGCCACCCCAAGAGCCCAUCAUGUAGGGUUUGGAAGAAGCUCAGCAAGCAGACUGAUGCACAACAGCAGAGGCACUGCUCAUGUCCUGAAUGUGGGAGGAGCUUCUGCCUCGAGCAAUAUUGGGUGGGACAUCUAGAUGCUCAUACCAGGAAGACCCCACCUCAGUGCGCUACGUGCAAUGUGUACUUGAACCGUGAACAUACCCUUUUCAGCCAUCAUCUCAAGCACAAUUCUUCCCAGCACCCCAAAUGUGACAAGAACUUCCCAAUGGAUAGUAAUGUUCACCAAUGCCAGCAGAGCCAAGAGAGGCCAGCCUCCUCGAGGGAAGACACCAUUGUGCCCUCGAGACAAAAGCCAGAUCCCAGCCUGGACUAUGAGGGCUGCUGCCACAAGGGUAGCAAGCCGAAGGCCCUGCAGUGUGGCUGCUGUCUAGGGAAGGACAAACCCUGCUCAUGCACAGAAUAUGGUACUUGCUUCCUCUCACAGUCUAAGCAGGCCAGCCUCUUCAGGGCACACAAAGGAGAAAAAUCCUUUCAGUGUCCAGACAGCAACAAGUGUCUCUGCCUUAGAGACCUGCAGAAUGUCCACCGGCAUGUGCAUAGCGAGGAAAGACCCUUCUCCCGUAGAAAGUGUGAUCAGGGCUUCACCAAACAUUGCAGACUCACAGAACUCACCCAAGACCUCAGCCAGGUGAAAUCUUUCUGGUGUGCCCAAUGUGAAAGGAACUUUAGCCAAAAGGAACAGUUGCUCAGGCACCAGCAGCUUCACCCAGAGGAAAAGCCCUUUCAAUGCACAAUGUGUAAGUUAUGCUUCUGUUUGAAAACCAGGUUGAGAGCCCACCAACUGCAACAUGGUGGAGAAAGGCCAUUCUCCUGUAGUGAGUGUGGCCGAGCCUUCACCCAUCAGUGCAAGCUCCGUGAGCAUCUCAGAGUACACAGUGGAGAGAGGCCCUUUCAGUGUCCUGAGUGCCACAAGAGCUUCCGCUUGAAGGGCAUCUUGAAGGCCCACCAGCGCACUCACAGCAAGGAGAGGCCAUUCUCUUGUGGGGAGUGUGGCAAGGGCUUUACUAGACAGUCUAAGCUCACAGAGCACCUCCGUGUCCACAGUGGAGAGAGGCCCUUCCAGUGUCUAGAGUGUGACAGGAGUUUUCGCCUAAAGGGGCAGCUGCUUAGUCAUCAGCGCCUACACACGGGAGAGAGACCCUUCCAGUGCCCAGAGUGUGGCAAGAGCUAUCGUGUGAAGGCUGACAUGAAGACACACCGGCUGCUGCACAGCGGGCAGAUGCCGUUCUCCUGCCAGUGUGGGAAGGGCUUUGUCAAACAGUCUAAACUUCUGGAACACAUGAGGACACACACAGGGGAGAAGCCUUUUCAGUGUCCCAAGUGUGACAAGAGUUUCCGAUUGAAGGCUCAGCUGCUCAGCCAUCAGGGCCUGCAUACAGGCGAGAGACCUUUCCACUGCCCUGAAUGUGAUAAAAACUUCCGGGAAAGGGGUCACAUGCUGAGGCACCAGCGCAUCCACAGGCCCGAGAGGCCCUUUGCCUGUGGAGACUGUGGGAAAGGUUUUAUUUAUAAGUCCAAACUAGCUGAGCACAUUAGAGUACACACAAAAUCUUGCCAGGUUCCACAUGAGCCUGGCAUUAAGAAAAGGCUUGUCCAGCUGUUUGCAAUGAUAGAGGCUGACUGGAGUUGAGGGGGGGGGGGGGGGGCGGACAUCAAAGCUGUGAGCAGAGCUUAGUUGUCAGGGUAGUCUGAAGAAUGGUGGCUAAACCCACCGGCAAGCAGGGUUUAGGAAAAGGCGCUCUACAUUGUUCAAAAAAUAAUACAAAUUAAAAAUGGGGAACUAUGAAGAAUUUUUUUUUGAAAUACCACCAAUUAUCUUUUCUCUCCCUUGGUAAAAAGAAAUAUUUGUUCUUCCUACUGA